AUGUCAGAUUCAGCUCGGUUCAGGGACACUUUCAAGGGCGACAUCCUGACGCCGGAGGACGAGGGCUACGAACGUGCUCUCGCUCGCUGGGCCGUAAACGCUAUACGUCGCGCGCGCAUUGUCGCAUAUGUUCGCGACGCAGAAGACGUAUCCACUGCCUUGCGGUACGCCAAGGAAAACGGUAUCAAGGUCGCGAUACAUGGCGGUGGCCACAGCCCCAAUGGAGCAUCAUCCGUGCAAGAUGGUCUGGUCAUCGACCUCGCCCGCUACCUGAACGGCGUCAGGGCCGACCCCGAGAAUCGACUUGCCUACGUCGGUGGCGGUGCGAAGUGGGCUACCGUCAAUAAGGCAACGAUGGAGCACGGCCUCGCCAUGGUGGGCGGGACAGUGGGCCAUGUAAGUUGUUCGCUACUUACGCUUGGGGGAGGCUAUGGCUGGCUUAGCCCAAUGCACGGUCUCACCAUAGACCACCUCGUCUCCGCUACAGUGGUACCCGCAGACGGCAUCGUCCGCACCGCCAGCAAGACCGAAAACCCAGAUUUGUUCUGGGGCAUUCGAGGCGGCGGCUGCAAUUUUGGCGUCGUCACAGAGUUCGUCUUCGCGCUGCACUCCCAGCAGCGUAUGGUUUUUGGCGGUCCUGUGAUAUUCUCUCCCGACAAGCUUGAGACAAUCGCCAAACUUAUCGAAGCCUGGUUCCCUACCGCUGGACCAAAAGAGGCUGUGCAUGCUUAUAUGGGACGUGGUCAGGAUGGAUCGCCUGCAGUAACGCUUCUGAUGUUUUACAACGGGUCCGAGUCCGAAGGGCGCGAGACCUUCAAGUCAUUCACAGAUCUAGGUCCUAUCGUUGACACGCGCCGAGAGAUGUCAUAUGACGGCUUCAACUCGUUAUUGGACGAGUGGGCCGCCCCUGGAAAAUGCAACUGGAUUCGCGGCGUCGCCGUCGACCGGGCAACCAAGGUUCUGAUGCCCGAGAUCUUCAACAAGGUCGUGGAGCUCUCACCUCCGGGGAAGCCCUUCAGAGUGUCACUUAACCUCGAGUAUAUGUCCCAAGACAAAGUCAACAGCGUCCCAAACGAUGAGACGGCAUACUCACGCGAUAGGCCCGGACUUGGAAAUGGCAUCGGAGCUGUGUUCUGGGACGAGGACAAGCCGGGCCUGGAAGCGGAGGCUAAGCAAAUUCUGGACGAGAUUACAGGUCUGGUCAAGAUCCCUGGCCUGCGCUAUGGCAAUUUCAACGCGGAUACCGAUGUUUUACCCGCUCCCGGUGCCACCGCCAAGCGGACCAGGGCUCAGGAGCUAUAUGGGGAGAACUAUCCACGGCUGCAGCAACUAAAGAGAAAAUACGACCCGGAAAUGAUCUUCGACAAGUGGUAUGUGAUCCAGCCAGCUCCCGUUGACGGGGGCGAGCUCUAGGCGCGCUCUAUCCCUCAGCUGGAUCUAGUCGAUAUUUGUCGUGUAUAUUCUAGGCAGCUUGCAUGUAUAUUUGUGUUUAUGCGUGUUGGGUUUAGAUGAAAUGAACGCACAGUGAACAGUGUCAACUAGCUCGGUGGUCAGAGAUGCAAGGGAUCA